GAAGAGGAGGAGGAGGAAGUUCUCUACGAGCAACCAAAGGAAGGAAGACCUCAGACGCACAACUAUCCAAGUCCGGGCAACCCAUCGAGGACUUGAAAGUUAACCAUGGCGGCAGCGGCGGCCACCGUCUUAAUCGCUCGGAUUCCGACCACCAAUGUCACCACUGUUACUCGUUGCUCUGCUUUGCCUUAUCUUCCUCGUCGCCUCUCCACGCCUUCUUUCUCUACCUCCGUCAAGCAAUUUCCAGAGUACCGGAAGUCUUUGUUUCAAACCAGAGCUUCUUCUUCAGAGGAAACAUCUAGUUCGGAUCCGAGUGAAUUGUUCACGGAUUUGAAGCAAAAGUGGGAUGCUCUUGAAAACAAAUCUACAGUACUUCUUUACGGAGGUGGGGCUAUUGUUGCUGUUUGGCUAUCAGCAACUCUUGUGGGUGCCAUCAACUCACUUCCCUUGCUUCCAAAAAUCAUGGAGUUGGUAGGGCUAGGUUACACUGGAUGGUUUGUCUACCGCUACCUUCUAUUUAAGUCUAGCAGAAAGGAAUUAGCUACCGACAUCGAGGACAUCAAGAAGAAAAUCGCUGGAACUGAAUAGAAGUGUUAUAGUGAGUGGGAAGUAAAGAUGUUCUUUGAUGACUAUCUGUUUUUGUCUGCUUUAAGAGGCGUCUGUAUCCUUCGGUGUUAGAAUAGAAUUCCUCUCAACCUCUUAUCACUCUUGUAUCAAGCUGACUUAUUCUUGAAAUGUGUAGCAACUUUUAAUAGUGCGGUUGUGGGUGGAAACCAUGAUUGGUUGUUCCAUAGUGA